AUGAGUAAGAGUGAAGAAAGCGGCGUGCCUCCCGAGAUCGGGGUCAAGGUAGAGGUGCCAGCGAAUGACGGCGAGACGUCGGCCAACGACAGCGAGGUGGCCCCACCUGGGUUAGAAGGUGCGGCAGAAGGCGUGGAGGAGGCACGAGCUGUGUCACCGCUCGAAGAGGAGACGAGGAUGCAAGGACAGGAGGAAAGAGGCAGGCCUAUGAAGGACGCAGCAUGCCAAUGUAAUAAUGAGGAUGUGAUCGACGCAUAUAUGCGACUUUUCCAACUUGGUGCGGAUAUUUGCGGAGAAGAUCUCGUAAAAGAUUUAUCUAUGAGAUUAGAAGACGGAUUAAUUAUAUUUGCGAAUAAGAAAGAAUCGAUCGCAGCUAUCUCAAAAGGUAACUUUGAGCCCUCAGAGUUUAACAAAAUAUCACAAACAAUUAGAAACUCUGGCGGCGUUGUAUCCCUGUCUGCAAAAAGGACUGAAAAUUCGCAAGUCCCAAAAUUUUUGGACGCGCUUGAUUUCUCGCCCGGGUAUUCAAAGAAAGCACUGUUUAAAACGACUGAACUGCAAAAGACUGAACUUCUGACUGAUAAAAGGACGGACGAUGAGAGUGUUGACGAAAUCCAUUUCGGUAAUUAUCGUGACAGAGUUCCAAAAGGGAAAUCAGCGAGUUCAACUAUCUCGGGAAAGCCGAAAAUAAUAAAGAAUGAAAACGUUAAUUUUAAAUACGACAGAGAAAAAGAUAAGCUGGUUACUCAAAGACAAGUUAUCAAUAACCACUCAAGACAGGCAAUUGAUAAAAAUGCAGAGUACCAGAGUGCUGUACAGACCACGACCGAGGCCGCCGCCCGUAUAAGGGCCUUAGAAGAGGCAGUGGCUACAAUGUCCAGGUUGUCCGAACGACUGGAAACCUUUAUGACAGCUCAAGAGAUUGAAACCCUCGACGCUAUGAUUGAAGAUGCGCAAGGAAAAAAGAUGACUUACAACCGGUUGAAAUCUUUCUUUUUAAAGACAGAGUUGCGACGACAGAGGACCGGAGCUGCUGGGGGAACUGCUCCUGCAACAGCGCUACGGAAAAGAGACGAUGACAAAACUAGUAAAAAUAAAAGUAAAACAAAAGGACAAGGUGGAAACACAAAUGACAAGAAAAGUAAGACUGUUUUUAAGCAAAGCGACAUUGCCUCUUCGCUGUUUUCAAGUUCUGCAAAUAAGUUAAAGACCGACAACUACAAUCUAGUUAAAUUCAUCGCCGACUCAGGAGCGACCGACCACUUGGUCAACUCUCGUUUAGUAUUUAAGAGCUUAAAUUAUAAUAAGACAGGCAAAAUUAAGUGUGCGAAUAGUAAUCCUCUGGCAGACUUGAAAACGGAGGGAGAAGGCACCAUCGUUGGGACAAAUGGCUCGGGUGAACCUCGGUAUAAUACACGAAGCAAAGCUAUAACAAAAGACAGUGAACAAGACAAAGACUUAAGUAAAAAUGUCGAGCAAGAGGAAGCUAUUGGAAAUCCGUUGGCGCUACAUCCCAUAGGAUCUUUCUUUGAUAACUCAGUCAAUGACCGUAAGCUUCUGAAUCCAGAUAAAAUAAGCGUGGACAAUACACCUAUUAAUGACAGCUAUAAAACUCUUGAGAAUAAGACAAACUCCAUCGACGAGGCCAUCCUAUGGCACGCAAAAUUCAACAAACUUCUGGCUAAGACAGUUAGAGUGAGAUCCACCGCUCCCCUCCAAAUUAUUCAUUCGGACACCAUGGAUCCAAAAAGUCCAACUUCAUACCCCAAACGCUACAAGUUUGUGUCAGUGUUUGUGGAUGAUUAUUCAAUAAUAGCCAUGGCAUAUCCAAUGAAAGCUAAAAGAGAUACAGGGAUUUGCCUAGAAAAUUUUGUCCGGAGCUCCAGAAACAUCUUGGGGUAUGACGCCAAGUUCUGCUAUCUUAGGUCUGACCAAGGUACGGAAUUCACUGGUGGCCAUACCCGAGAGGUCUUAAAGGAACUGGGGGCCGAACUGCAGUUAGCCAGCCCGGAUACACCAGUUUAUGCUUACAACCGAACACCUCACAGGUCGAAUGGAAUGGAAAUCCCGUUGGUAAAAUUUGCACCGCAUAAGGAUCUCAAUAUCGAACAACUGAAACGGUUUGGGUGCUUGGGAUACAUGAAGAUUCAAAGAAAUUCCGGUCCGAAGUUCAGUCCAUUAGCUCAACGAAUUGUUCUAGUGGGAUACACUGUCACAAGAUUUAUCCUGAUGAAACCAGAAGACGGAAAAUUUUAUGAAAGCAAAGUUGUGAGAUUCGAUAAACGACUGGAAAAUUUUAAUGAAGAAGACUGCUCUGUAGAUCAAAAUCAGGAUGAAGUAUAUCAUGUAUUGUUAGCAGAAAUUUGCAAAGAUCCAACCAGCUACCAAGAUGCACUGAAGAGCAAAAACAGCACAGAAUGGCGGAAAGCUAUAGAAGAAGAACUGAAGUCGAUGAACGACAACUGUGUUUGGAAAAUUGUGAAGAAACCAAUGAGUGAUAGCAAAGGCAGAAAACCAAACAUAAUUGACUCCCGGUGGGUUCUGAAAACGAAAGAAGACAACUCUGGAAACAUAAAAUAUAAAGCCAGGUUAGUAAUCCGUGGAUUUAAAGACAUAAACCAAUAUGAUCUGUUGGAAACUUAUGCUCCAGUCUCAAGACUAGCUCUUGAUGUAAAGACUGCCUUCUUGAAUGGUACAUUGAAUGACGAUAUAUACAUGAAAAUACCAGAUGGUGUUCCGUGUGCCCAAGAGUUAAGAAAAACCAAAGUUUGCAAGUUGGAAAGAUCCCUGUACGGUCUUGAAAUUAGUCCCAAAUGUUGGUAUGAGAGGUUUUCAGAGACUGCUACAAAAAUAGGACUCCAGGAACACCCAAGUGAGCCCUGUCUUUUCAUAUGGAGAUGUGAGGACAAAUUUUUAUUUUUGAUUCUGUAUGUGGAUGACAUGCUGACGGCAACUCUCUUGAAAAAAACCAUAACGGACAAAUAUACGAACAAAAUACUGCAGAGGUUUGGUUUCGACAAUGCACGACAGUGCCAAACACCUAUGGUGACGAGACAAGUUAUAAAUCUGCAACGAAGAGACAGAGAAGAAUUUGGAAACGAAGAAGAGAAAAGUGUAGAUAAGCCAGAAGAUUUCCCAUAUAGGGAAGCAGUCGGCAGUUUCCUGUACUUGGCAAACACUGUUCGACCUGAUAUAUCUUAUGCAGUGAACGUAUUAAGUAGACAUCAGAUCAAUCCCACAGAAGAAGACAGACAAAUGGUCAAGAGAGUUUUCCGUUACCUCAAUGGUACUAGAAAGAAAGAACUGACUUUAAAAGGAAGCACAGAAAUCAUGACAGCUUAUUCGGACGCAAGUUUCGCAGAUUACAAAGAUUCGCAUCCGACGAGUAGAUACGUCAUAAAAUUAUUUGGCGACUCUGUAUCUUGGAGAACGCAUGAACAAACUUACGUUUCGUUAUUAACCUGCCAAGCUGAAUAUAUAGCUAUGAGUGAGGCAUGUCAAGAACUCAUGGCUCUAAGAAACACUUUGACAGCUAUGCUAAAUAUCACACUCUAUCACAUGACUGUGUGGUGUGACAAUAAAGCAGCCGAAGCCAGCGCCAAGUACUAUGGAGGAACUAAACUUAGACACAUGUUAUCAGUGCGAGAACAUUGUGUGGAAGAAUGUUCUAAAUAUGGGUUCAUAGAAAUCAAGUGGAUUGCCUCUAAAGAACAGAUUGCCGACAUUUUUACUAAAGCUUUACCGAUUGAAUUGCAUGAGAGAAUGACUGCGAAAUUACUAAAUGACUGUAACAACCAUCAGUGA